CAUAUCUUUGUUAUCUCACUCUAUUCCUGGCAGGAUGAGUAUUUUGAAGUUGAUAAUUCAGCAGUUAAACAUGAUGGAUUUUAUGUCAAUAGAGGAAAGUUAGAGCGGAUAGAACCUUCGACAACAUCUAACCAGCAACCCAAAAAGAGGCGACGCAAAGAUCCAGCAAAACCAUUUGGUGAUGCCGUUGGCGUCUCUGAUAAACACACCAAGUUGUCCUUAACAGCUAGGGGAAAGGAUCAGUCAACGGCGUCCGGGUCCUCUUUGAAGAGAAAGUAUAAUGUCGCAAGGAAAACACAGGAGCCACCUUUUCCUUUUGGAGCGCAAGAUGCGAAUAUUUCAUUAUCUCUGGAUGAUGUGAAGCAUUCUGAUAGAGCAAAUCAUCAGAAUAAGAAGGACACAUGUCCCAAGUCAAAGGAAACUGGAUCCUCUAGUGCCCUUCAUCAGAAAUACAGCAACAAAGGCUUACAUCAACAAUCUAAGUCCCUGCCAGGAAAAUCUCUGCCCAAUGUUUCUGCAGAGGCAACAAUAGUCCGCCAGAAAGAAAACAAUGGUAUGCAUGAGCUGGCAAAUGCAAAAAGCAGACAAUCUAGUCAAGCGUCUAAAAGAGAUGGUUCUAAUGUGAAGUCUAAAAUCUCCAUCCUCGAGAAAGCCAUAAGGGAAUUGGAGAAGGUGGUUGCCGAAUCAAGGCCUCCUGCUAUCAAUGAGAAUCAAGAAGCUGAUACCUCAUCCCUGGCAGUUAAGAGGAGAUUGCCAAGAGAUGUAAAACUGAAACUUGCUAAAGUUGCUAGGAUAGCGGCAAGCCAAGGGAAAUAUACGGCAGAGUUAAUCAACCGUCUUAUGAGCAUUGUCGGUCACCUAAUCCAGCUUAGGUCACUGAAGAGGAACUUGAAAAUCAUGAUUGAUAUGGGCGAUUCUGCAAACCGAGAAAAGGAUACUAGGUUCCAGCAAAUCAACAAUGAAGUUCUUGAUAUGAUAAAAGCGAAAGUUUCUUUGAUGGAAACGCAGGAAACUAAACCAGAAGGUGGAACAUCAGACGAUUUUCAUGACCCUGUAGAAAAGCCAUCUUUGAAGAAGUUUGUCAUGGAUGCGGCGUUGGAGGAUAAAUUGUGUCAUCUAUAUGAUAUCUUUAUUGAGGGACUGGAUGAAGAAGAUCAAGGUCCACCAAUAAGAAAGCUAUAUGCCAAUCUGGCUGAACUCUGGCCAAAUAGAUUAAUGGAUAAUCAUGGGAUCAAGCGUGCAAUUUGCCGGGCAAAAGAGAGGCAAAAAGCUUUGUUUGGGAACCUUGGGAAGGAGAUGGAUCAAACAAAAAUGAAGAAGAGCAGGAAGCAGUUGGUACCAAAAACAGACUGGACAGCUCAGCCCAACACGGAAUCAGUGGCUCAGAGACAACAAAGUGGAGAGAAAAUGACUGGUGAUCCAAACGCAACCAGCACUUCCUUGGUCACCAGUCAAACUAUGGUUGACAGAUCAAAUCAGCAGCAUGAGAGGCUAAAGGGAAGCUUAAACUCUUGCAAUCCUGCAGAAGAAACAAGAGUGGUGAAGAGAAAGACAACAGAGGCCAUAAUGUCUGAGAAACAAGUCGUUCUUGCCCUGAAGAAGCCCGAACAUCCACCGACACGUGUUAUCCCAGUCCCUCAGAAUCUGAACAUCGCACAUACAACUCCGGACCUGAACUUGCCAAGUUGACCUCACGAAGGAGUUCUUAAAAACACAUAGAAAUGUGGAGACAAAGAACCUCCGGCCUCUUCCUUCUCUUGCAUCUUCAUAUGGCACGGCAUUGGUACUGGCGAUGCUGAUGCUUGGUUUUUAGAUACGAAGCAUGGUUGGUUUAUAAAGAUGUCCGUAUUAUCAUAUUUAGUUUCUCUAUUUAAGUGUCCUUUUAAGUCCAUUGUAUAAAAGUUAACGAUUUUUACGAGCAGCUUUUACAACUGAAGCUUUUUGGAUAAAAACUAAAAAUAGUUGAAAAGUAGAUUCCGGACUUU